AUGAGGAAAAAGAGUUCCAAUAGGCUGGGAAAGGGUCCCAUCCAAGAAGAUAUAAGUAAAAGGUCUACUGCUGAAGUAUUUCGAAAUGUGGACCUUGAUAAUUUUGCUAUAGAGAAAGAGGAAAAGAAAGAUGUACCAAAGAAAAGUUUGCAAAGCAAUGUCGAAAACACAGCUAUGUUUCCGUUUAAUUAUUUAUCAAGAUUUGAAAAUUACUUGAGUGAACAUAUGACCCUCUUGAAAGCGGUACAAGCACUCAUUUUUGGCUUUUUUGCCCAGUUGGUGUACCUCAAGCAAGAUGAAUUUGAUCAUUUAAGGAAAUCGUUACCAAUGCUUUUCUUCAAUUGUUUGGGCACUGUUGCUUGCACAAUUUUGAGUGUUUUAAAGAGCAAAGAGACUUUGUUUAGUCCACCCGAAUUCAAUUAUUUUUACAGUUUUCUAAUCCCUUCGUUGAUCAAUAUUUUGUACUUUGAUGCAAAUUGGCUUUUGGUCAAUUCCUCACUCAACUAUUUUGUUGUCGACAAAAUGAACUCGAUUUUCAAAAUAGUUUCAAGUAUUAUGUUUUACGUGCUUUACAAAGAGGAGGCUCAAGCUACCAUGCCCAUUUUCCAAAUGGUUCAAAUAACAAUUGCACAUUUCUUUCUUUCGUUUGUGUUGAGCUACUUAAAUGAUACAAAAGACUCUCAGGAGCCCAAUGGGUCAAAUCACAAAUCAUUAAAGAAAUCUGAAAUCCAAUUGAUCUCGUUAUUGCUCAUUAAUUUGUUGUUUAAUCAGAAAUUGGUCAAUGGUAUAGUGCCAUUGGUGAUUUUUCAAAAACUAUUAAUAAGUCUACUUGCUACUUUGUUUUUCUUGUUUCCAGUUUACGCUUAUUUACCAGAAUUCAUCAACUUUGUCAUUUUUGGAGCCAUUUUCACCUAUUUGACAAUUUAUCAGUUGAAAUUUGUUCUCGGAAACAACGCAAUCAUUUGGCUAAUUGAAUAUAUACAACACGAUUCGCAACGGCUAUUCUUGAUCAAAGUUUGGAUUGCUUCGGCCUUUGUCGGUAUCCCCGUUGUUUUUUACUUUGCCAAAUCAUUCAGUUUGAAUUUGAGACGGAAAAUUUGGCACUUGCUUAUUAUUGUUGCAUUGACAUUCAGUCCAAGCAUUCUUUUUGACCAAAUUGAAUUCACUUUGAUUGCCUUGCUUGGAAUGAUUAUUGUGUUUUUGCUCAUUGAAGGAAUAAGACUCAACGACACGUCUUGGCUUGGAAGAUAUCUUUCCAAUAAGCUCACCUACUUUCAAGACUCAAAGGAUUCAAUGGGAGCUUUGAAUUUAUCCUACAUUUACUUACUUUUGGGCGUCUCGUUUCCAAUCGUAUACGACUAUCGCAUUAGCAUUAUUAGCAACAACACGAGCGCUACCAUAAUCAGAUACAUGGGGAUCCUAAGCUUAGGAGUUGGUGACACACUUGCAUCAGUUAUUGGCCAACGAUUUGGAACUUUCAAAUGGAAAGGAAGCUCAAAAUCGGUCCAAGUCAUAUAUGAAAAGGAUGUACUCAACAUAACACAAUGGUUACCUCGACAUCCAGGAGGCGAAACGGCGGCAUUACAUAUGGUUGGACGCGAUGCUACCGAUGAGAUGAACGCAUACCACGAAAAAGAGACAGUGGAGACUUUCAAGAAAUGGAAAAUUGGUGAAAUUGAUUAUUGUUGGGAGAAUUUACUACCGCCAAUACAAGGUGCCAUAUAUAGAAAGGGUAAGGCGGCAACAAGUAAAGGAGACGACUCAUUGAAUGAAAAGUUGGAUCGAGAGCAUUUGAGCCUGUCAGACGUGGAUCUAACAUCAUCCUCAAGCUCUAUACAAGAAGAGGAAAAAGAGGAAACGAAGGAGAAGGAGGAAAAAGAGGAAACGAAGGAGAAGGAGGAAAAAGAGGAAAAAGAAGCAGCAUCAAAGGAUACAAAACUUACGGAUUAUGAAAAGAAACUCACCCCCCCCGUGGUACCACAGAACGUUUUGGUUAAUGAGUCCAAUGAGAACAUCUUGUUUCCUGUAAAUCACUCAAACACCGCUAUAGUUGAUCCUAAACUGCUUAUGAAAGAUUACGACAAUAGGCUCUCACGGAAAGACAUGAAACUGAUUCCAUCUCUAGAUUACAAAACGCAGCGGUAUUUAAGAGACGAAUAUGUUGAACUACAUAACUUGAUUAUCAAGAAUGGAUUUUACAAAUGCGAGUAUUCUGCAUAUGUUCGAGAAAUGGUGAAAAUUGGAUCAUUAUUUUUAUAUUCUAUUUCGUUUCUUAAGAUGAAUCAUUUGUUCUUAAGUGCCGUUUUCAUGGGCAUGGCUUGGCAGCAAGGGACGUUCAUUGCCCACGAUGCAGGUCACGUUUCCAUUACUCACAAUUACCAAUUUGAUAACAUCUUUGGUAUGUUGAUUGCUGAUUGGUUUGGUGGGUUGAGUUUGGGUUGGUGGAAGCGGAAUCACAAUGUUCACCACUUGGUGACCAAUGAUCCUGUGCAUGACCCCGAUAUUCAACAUUUGCCAUUCUUUGCAGUGAGUGUGAGAUUGUUUGGGAAUGUUUAUUCAACCUUUUAUGAAAAAAUUUUAUGGUUUGACAAAUUGGCCCAGAAAUUGAUACCUAUCCAGCAAUACAUGUACUAUCCAAUAUUAUGUUUUGGAAGAUUCAAUUUGUACAGGCUUUCUUGGACAUACCUUCUUAUGGGACAGGGCCCAAGAAAGGGCCGUGCGGCAUGGUUUCGAUACUUUGAAAUUGCCGGAAUGAGUUUCUUUUUUUAUUGGUUUUUCUACUUGCUAGUGUUUAAAUCUAUUCACGGUGGAUGGAACAGAUUCAUAUACAUCUUGGUGAGUCAUGUAUCCACAAUGUUGGUACAUGUUCAAAUCACAUUAUCUCAUUUUGCCAUGUCUACCGCUGACUUGGGUGUGAGUGAGUCAUUUCCAUCCAGGCAGCUUAGAACUACAAUGGAUGUGGAUUGUCCCGAGUGGCUUGAUUUCCUCCAUGGAGGUUUACAGUUUCAAGCAAUUCACCAUUUGUUCCCACGUUUACCACGUCAUAAUUUCAGACGCGUUCAACCUUUUGUUAUACAAUUCUGCAAAAAAGUUGGGUUAUCUUAUUCUAUAUAUGGGUUUGGUAGAGGCAACGAGAUUGUAAUUGGCAAAUUGGCUGAAGUUGCUAAACAGUGUUCCAUAUUACUUGACGCCACAAAGACUUAUGACGGUGACUUAUAUUAG